AAAUAAUAGAUUAUAGAUAACAAUAAUAAAUACAAAAAUAUAAAUAGAUCAUAAAAAUAAAAAAUAAAAAUAAAAAUGAAAUUAUUAUUAAGUUUAAUAUUAAUAAUUAAUUUUUUUUGUUUCUCUUUUUCAUUAGAUAAUGGAUUAGCAUUAACACCAAUAAUGGCUUGGAACCCAUGGAAUAAAUUUGGGUGUGAAACAUCUUUAAUUAAUGAAACAAUGUUUAUGGAAAUGGCAUAUGCAAUGGCCUCAAAUGGUAUGGCCAAUGCUGGGUAUCAAUAUAUUAAUUUAGAUGAUUGUUGGUUUGCAAAAACAAGAGAUAAUGUAACAGGUCAACUAAUUGCUGAUCCAGUACGUUUCCCAAGAGGAAUUGGUUUCUUAGCAACUUAUAUUCAUUCUUUGGGAUUAAAAUUUGGAAUUUAUGGAGAUAUUGGAACAGAAACAUGUAUGGGGUAUCCAGGAUCAGCAGGAUAUUUAGAACUAGAUGCAAAAACAUUUGCUGAAUGGGGUGUCGAUUAUGUUAAAAUGGAUGGUUGUAAUUACCCAGAAGAUAAAAUGCAAGAAGCCUAUACCCAACUUGGUCAAUAUUUAAAGAGUACAAAUAGACCAAUGGUUUAUAGUUGCAGUUGGCCAACAUAUGCCUAUGUUCAAAAUAUUUCAAUGCCAUUCAAUUACAUUGAAGGUAUUUGUAAUCUAUGGAGAGAAUUUCAAGAUAUUACUGAUAACUUUGAUGAAUGGGUUAAAAUUAUUGAUGAAAUGGAAAUAAUGAAACCAGAUCGUUCAGGAUUUGCUGGCCCAGGCCAUUGGAAUGAUCCAGAUAUGUUGGAAAUUGGAAAUGGUAAUCAAACAAACACCGAAUAUAAAAGCAUGUUUUCUUUAUGGGCCAUUCUUGCAGCACCGCUAGUUGCUGGUAAUGAUCUACGUACAAUGGACCAAGAAACAUUAGAUAUUUUAAUUAAUACUGAUGUAAUCGCUGUUAAUCAAGACCCUUUAGGUAUUCAAGGCUCUCGUGUUAAUAAAAAUGGUAAUUUAGAAAUAUGGAAAAGACCAUUAGUAAACAAUAGCAUAGCCGUUGCUUUAUUUAACCGUGGUCCAACAAGUUCAAACAUCACAAUAACCAACGAUAUUUUAAACAUUACAAAUAAUCAAAACUAUAACAUUAUGGAUCUUUGGACUCAUACUAGUAACGGAACAUUUUAUAAUUCAUUCACAGCUAUGGUCCCAUCACAUGGCACAGUUUUAAUUAAACUAUCACCCAUUGUAAAUGAAAUAGUCAAUCACGAAAAUCAUCAUAUCCAUUUUAAUUUUAAAAAAAAACAUAUUCCAAUUAAAGUUUAAAUUUAUCAAUAAAAAAUAUAAUUAGUUUUAAU